AUGCCAACCGUAACAGUUAUACGCGAUCGAUUCUUGAAGGCACUGGACUCUGAUCUCGAUGAAGCGGCGCUAGAGCAACUCUGCUUCUCGUAUGGUCUAGAAGUGGAAACCGUGGAGGACGAGCCGCUGAGCGACCUGCUCGGCGGCCAGCGCGCUCGCUCUGGUUGGUCAGACUCCAUCGACGACGUCGAAAACUACGCAGGCCCUCUAGACCAGCACGUCGCUUGUUUAAAAAUCGAGGUACCGGCAAACCGUCCAGACUUGUUGUGCUUCGAAGGCUUAGUGCAGGCGCUUCGCGUCUUCCGCGGCCUUGAUAAACCAGCUGCGUUUCUGCUGCAGCGAACGGAGCCGCGGGAGCGGAUCCUUGUGAGAACGAAUGCACUGCGCCCAUACAUUGUGGCUGCAGUGCUGCGCGGUAUAGACCUAUCGGAUCCGCUGCGGUAUCAGUCGCUGAUGGAUCUACAGGAGCACCUUCAUCAAAACCUAGGUCGUCGCCGUGCGCUCGUCGCGAUCGGUACGCACGACCUCGAUACUGUCAAGGGGCCCUGCACCUACACGGUGAAAGACCCCAGAGAGAUUCGCUUUCGACCAUUGGCCGCUGAGCGCGAGCUGAGCGGUCUCGAAAUCAUAGAGCACUACCGACUCGACAAGCAUCUGAAACGCUACCUGCCGCUCGUGGAAGGUGCACAGGCGUACCCGCUCCUUCAUGAUAGCGAGGAUCAGGUGCUAUCGCUCCCGCCUAUCAUCAAUGGUGAUCGAACCAAAAUCCGUCCUAGCACGCGAAAUAUGUUGAUCGAAUGCACUGGAACGGACCUAGUGAAGCUCACCACCGCGCUGACCGUCAUCGUGGCCUCCUUCUCCCGGUAUUGUCUGCCGGCGUUUUAUGUGGAGCCAGUGACGAUUCACUACGAUCAACCGCUACCGGAGGAUAGGCUUGCAGCGAUCAAAGCCAACGUGCUCGAUUCGCAAACGCUAUGCACACCGUGGGUCGAGGACGCGCAAAUGCAGGUUUCUGCGCGUUACGUACAAUCGCUACUGGGGGUCUCGCUCUCGGUAUCGGAGCUGGAACGUCACCUUCAGCGCAUGCAGUUGCACCUAGUGUCUGUCGUGGAAAACGAGGCAUUCGAUCAGGUCCUCAACGUUCAGGUACCAGUCUUCAGGAGCGACAUCCUCCAUCCGUGUGACGUUGCGGAGGACGUAGGCGUCAGUUAUGGUUUCGAUCAUGUUCCCGAGCGCACUGCUCCCUGUGUGCCAGUCGGGCAGUGGCGACCCUUGGAGCGCUUAACAGAUCAUCUUCGUCGCGAGCUCGCGCAACAGGGAUACUUCGAGGUUUUAACCUGGGUAACCGUGUCGCACGCUGAAAAUACCGAAAUGCUGCAACGCAGCGAUGCACAGUCGCCAGCUGUGCGUCUACAUAAUCCCAAAACUCUAGAAUUCGAGGAAUGCCGGACCAGUCUUCUCGUGGGGCUGUUGAAGACACUUCGCGAGCAUCGGGAAGCGCCGCUUCCUCUGCGCCUUUUCGAGACCGGUGAUGUCGUCCUGCUUGAUUCCAAAAGCGAGACCGGAGCCCGAAAUGAGCGUCAUCUUGCGGCAGUUUAUAGUGACGUCCGCGCAGGUUUCGAGAUCGUGAAGCAUCUUCUCGAUCGGAUCAUACUUGCUUUGAAUUUGAAGUCCUUGGGAUACAAUGCAGGUUACCGACUGGACCCAAAAGCUUGUCACGAUGACCUCUUCUUUCCAGGUCGACGAGCGACGAUUCUUGUGGAGCGGCCCAACGGGGCUCGGUUCGCGCUCGGGAGUAUGGGCUGGCUCCACCCGCAGGUACUGAAGAACUUUGGUCUUGCGGCGCCAGCGUCAGCGUUCGAGUUGAACGUGCAACCUUUUGCUGCGUAG